GGCAACCCCUAGGAAGCAGUGUCUUUGGUUCCACUCCCAGUCUUUAGCGUCACUCAGCGCAGAAACGCUGGGCCUUUGUUUGCCACAGUUUCAGUGGAUUGCAGGCAACCUGCUGGAAAGUCGCUCCUUAAGUUCAACAAAAAUGUCCUCGCCUCCGACGGAUUACAGUUAUCAAAAACUGGAGGAAAAGUGCACGGCUGUUGAAAAGAGAAAAUGGCACAUCGUUACGCUCUUGUUGGGAUUUACAGCCAUUGCAGAAAUGUGUGUCACUUGCUACUUUUUCUGUUACUUCACCGAUCAGAUUGACCAGAUGCAACAGAAAUUAAAUUCUGAUAACUAUCCAGAACGAUGUCUCCAGUACUUGAAUUCCUACAUCGAUAAUUUAAGAGAUAAUGACAUGGCCAUUGAAGAUUUUAUGUGUGACAGAUGGAUCAAGAAUGUUAACUUUCUGAUCAACCAGCGUCUGCAAUCUGAUGUGAGGAAUUUAAUAUACAAGGAAUUGAAAGCACACAAUGUAACAUCCCUGGGUCCUGAAAAACCAGCUAUCCAUUUAACUGGACAGCACAGAAACAAGCCUCUAAAAAAUGUGCCACCUUAUUUUGCUCAUGGAGAUGGACAGGAUAUCCUCUACUGGAACAACGUAAAAGGAUAUGCAGUGCAUCAAGGUGGUAUAAAAUACCAUCAUGGAGAAAUUACCAUUCCAAGAAAUGGUAUCUACUACGUCUACUCCCAAGUUUAUUUCUGGCAUAUACCGGAACCAAAUGGAGAAGAUCAACAAUACAAUCUGUUUCUGCAGUAUCUUUACAAGAAGUCCAUGAAUUAUUACAAUCCUAUUCUUCUAACAAAAGCUAUUUCCACGAAAUGUUGGUCAAAAGAGUCCACGUUUGAUGCAUAUACAAGUUUUCAAGGAGCCCUCUUUGAACUGCAGCAAGGGGACAAACUAUUCAUAAAAGUAACAAAUGCAAGUGCUGUAGAUGUUAAUGAGGGGGCAACAUAUUUUGGUGCUUUCAUGAUUUUUUAGAGUUAACAAAUAAACCAGUGAUCACAUCAGUUUAAACUGAAAUUUUAUAGAACAAUAACUGACGUUAAAUUCAAUUACAUUUUGAGUCAGGUCCACCAUAUCCCUGAAUACAUGGUUACAGCCUCAUAAUCAGGAAAACGAAAGAUACAAUAUGAAGGAAUUAUUGUCCUACUGUAAGAUUUCCCUUGAUGUUUGUAUAAGAACAGGAAAUUAAGGGACAUGGGAAUUGUGGGUAAAUGAGGUUAGGGCUUAUAGAAAUCAUGUUUUUGAAUCCAUAAAAAGACAAAUUUGAAUACAAUUGCACAGGAUCCAUGACUACAAAAAACAUCACAAUGGCAUAUAUCUCAUUAGGGGAAGAUCUGUCUCAGGUGUUUUGGCUUUGGGUUGUGAUGUUUUGCUUUAUUGUGCUCCACUGUGAACUGGUAAAUGGGAAUCUUAAUUGUUCAGUUUGCCACAUGGCACAGUCUCAGGGAGAGAAUGAUCAUACUUCUCUCUCUAUAAGGAAGAAUACAAAUAUUGAGGCAAGAUGCCUGCAGGCUGGGAUCACAUGCUUCUCAGUGGCUGACUUGAAAGUAGUGUUAAAGCUGCUUAAAAGCAAGCACAUAUCUUCAGGAUGAUGUUGCUGCCAAAUAAAAUAUGUUUGCUCAACUAGUUCUUUGUAUCAUAUUUAACAGAAUGAUUCUAUCUUGUUGAUUGAAAACAAUAGAAUAAUGGGGUUUAUUUGGAAACAUUUGAGUGUUUAAAACCUGAUUCACUUUGAAGAAUGAAUAGUGUACUAACAUGAGAAUAGUGUAAUUGUAAAAGUAAAAUGAAAAUCUCUUCCAAACUUAUGCAGCCUAAAGAUUUCACACUUAUGUCAGGGAAUUCAUUGUUUUAGUGAUUUCAUAUCUUCCUGGAUCCAAUUAGCAGUGUGUUCCUUUAUGGAACUGUUCUCCCUCCUUUGUUUCCCUUGCCCUCUUUCUCACUUUAGCCUCACUGUACUCCCUCUCCCUUCCCCCCCACCUACUUCUGUUCUCACUCUACCCAAUCUUGUAGUCGCCUCCUGUCUCAGCAGAGGCUGACGGCAUCAACCCCAGCAAAAUGCACCUCCAUAACCUCUACUGUCUUGGCAAAAGGCUCUUCUAGUGGUUCCCUCACUGACAUCCAACUUUCUAACUGCUUAUUUGUUGUUGAUUAGCUUGCUAGUAAACCUAUCAGAAGCCAGUAAAACAGGGAACUAAUCAGUGUUUGGAGGAGUAAUUCCUUAACCGGUUUUGUCAAUUCUAACUUUUAUCCAGUUGGUCACCCUAUGAUUUAAAGUUUCAUGGGCUUUUGGUAACAAAUUUGCUCAUCACCCCCUUAGAAUAUGAGCACUGCUCAACAAGUCUGGUAAUAUUUGCAAAGAAAGCAAAACAGAGGGAAUAUUUCAAGUUGAAUAAGACUCCUGUGUUUAGGAGCAAUGUAUAUUGCUAUCAAGCAUUAUCUCAAUGAACCACAAUCCAUAUGUUGAAGCAACAGAUGUGAGGCGCUAAAUGACCAUCUGUCAUUCCUUAUUAAAUCCCUGCCCAUGUUUUGUCAUCUUCAUGCUCAUUUUCUAAUGUAAGAUUUUAAGGCUCAGGACCACAGUUAUCUAAUACAGAUAGCUUACUAUUCAUGAGAAUCUUUUGCAGUUUAUUUUGUUAAAAAGCUACAGUUUAGAAUAUACGUUGAGAUGAAAAAUGUAUGACCUGUGACAAUUGAAGAUGGCUCACUGAUGAACAGUUAGUACAGUGUGUCAACGUGAUGAAAGUUGAGAAAGGAGCAUCCUGCUGUUUAGCUGAAAAACUAAGGAACCCUCCCCUGGCCUUUCCUCUUUUGGUCCAUCAUCCAUUUAAAGGCAGCUGCCAUUUGAUGACGACUAGCUCUCAAUUGAGCACUUGUCCAUAUACUUAAUUUAUAGGGCUGUUAGUUUACAUUAUGUCAUUCACCUCUUCUAUUACGAGCUAAUGGAUACAGGACAAUUAGUCAAGAUGUAAGAAUAUUCACUGCCCCCUUUUCCAACUUCCCCUUUCGGGAACAAAACUUAAAUUUUCCUAAAUGCUGCAUUGAUAAUAAGGUACAUAUGAUGCGAGGUAAUUCUUUGACAUCAGUUCCAUGGAACACAGUGACCUUAGUGAUCCUUGUGGCCUUUACUGUAACUUCUUUUUGUCCUUAUUUGUUAAAGAUUGUUAGUGUGUGAACAAAGAUAAAACUUUCUGCUACUGAGAACAUACUGUAAGGAUGCUGGCUUUAAAAGAAACCUCCAUUUCUAACUCUAAUCUCCACUUUUCUCAGAUCUUACUCACACUUUGUUACCCAAUUGUUACCUGCUGUCCCUUUUCAACAUUCACAGGCUUCCUAUUCUACAACGUAUUAAUUUUAAAAUCCUGUCUUUGAUUACAAAUCAUUUCAUGCCUUUUUCACCUUCUUUAAUCCUCAUCCAGCCUUCCUUUCGGGCAUCUGAGGCCAUAUUUUGUUUGGCUUCAGAUGUGCAUUUCAAUGGGUCGCUGAUUGUAUUGAUUUUUUUGGAAAGAUAUCUAAUUUUCCUCCACAAUACAACCAUUAUUUUCCUCUGGCCUUUUUGCAUAUUGGGAUUGCCUCCUGUGCAAAGUGCAUACUUGUUCCUUUGAGAUUGGGUUCCUCAUUUUAAAUCAAGAAAAAAAAUGAGAUUUCUUUACACAUUGUUUUCCACUACGUGUGUAUUUGUUUGACACUCAUUCAUUGACUGAGAAGUCAGGAACAUUUUAAAAGUAUAAAAUGUCUUGAAUCUUAAAAAUGUCAUUAGAUAGAUUUUUAAUGCACUGAUUCAUUAUAUGAAUCUGCCUUGAAAAGAUUGAGUUGACCCUUAAAUUGACUGUUCACAUCCCUCACAGCAAUUUUCCCAGGAAGCAAGUAUCACUGGAUCAAAAAAAGUAAAAAUAAAAAUUCCCUUUUCAACC